UUAACAAAAGUUUAGUGUUUCAAUUUUACAAUAGAAACAAACAACUUGGUUUGACAAAUACUAAAAAAAAAAAAAAAAAGAAAAGAAAUAGAAGGAGUAGUUUUUAUUUUGUCAAGUGUGAAUAAAAAAAAAAAGGAAGUAACAAGAUGGAGGAUCUGUUUACAGGAGAUAUAGAAAGAGAUGCUGCUGCUAUGAGAAAAAUAAGCAAUCGUGAGACAAGUAUUUCAGAGACUAGUGGUUUUUUGAAAAAUUUUUUUAGGCUAUCGCUUGGUCAUGUUGGCGAUGAGUGGAUCGAAAAUGAUUUUAAAAAUAUUGAUAACGAUUAUGAUCGUGUACUUGCAGUUUAUACUCAUCCAAAAUUUAAAAAAUAUCUUCAUGAGGUAUUAUGUUGCGUUACACCAUUCAGCAGAAAUAGAAAUGUUGUUUUAGCUAAGAUGAAAAGAGUGGAAGCAAGUAAAUUAUUACGAGCACAUGAAUAUGAAGAUGCAUUGAGAUUAGCCAAUGCUGCCAUUUUGCUAUCACCUGGCACUUCUGAUAUGGAAGCGAUCGAUUAUGGUAGCAGUUUACUUCUUAGUUACUUGAAAAGGGCAGAAGUUUUUAUCUGUAUGAGUGAUUAUGAAAGGGCUUAUGAAGAUUUAUGCUUGGCAGAUGAAAUUAAAGAUGCACGAUUAAAAAUGGAUAAUGUUAUAGAACUUAGGAAGAACUUUGUAAAAAAACGUAUGGAAAAGACAGACGUUAAGAUACCAGCACCUUUCAAUGAAUUUGAACUUUAUCCAGUAAUUGCAACAAGACGUGAAUUACCAGAAAUAAUUGGUGAGAGACAUCCAGUAAUGGUAAAUGCAUCAGCUAAAUUGGACGUUAGAUACACGGAACAGGCUGGAAACGAAAUUUAUGCGAAAGAAAGAAUUAGAACUGGUGAAGUUUUGGUUGUUGAGGAACCUUUAGUCUGGUAUCUUUUAAACAAUUUUCAUGGUGAUCAUUGUACACACUGUCUUGAUAGAUUAUUUGCACCGCUUGGUUGUCCGAAUUGUUUUGACAUAGCUUUUUGUAGCAGAAAAUGCAGGGAUAUUGCAUUAUCAACGUAUCACAAAUAUGAAUGCAGACUUCAGAAUCUUAUGGAUGGUUCUGGUAUGAGUACAGCGUGCUAUUUAGCAUUUAGGGGUGUCGCCAAAGAAGGUUUAGAUAAUUGUUUAAAAAUUUAUGAUGCUCUUAAUAAAACAGAUGAUAAAACUGAUGAUAAAAAAGAUGGAGGUGAAAAGAAAUUAAGUAAAUCGGCAAAAAGGAGGCUUAGGAAAAAAAUGGCAAGUAGUAAUAUGGCAAGUAAUUUGAGUGAAAAUUUGGCAUCGAUGUCAUUGAAGGAAAGUGAAAAAGAGCCAGAGAAAAAAAUCGAUACAACAUUGUAUGAAUUAUUUAAUCAUAGUUCGCAAAGGGAGACGACUGAUUUGUUUUUUAGAACAUUGGUAGCUGCAUUUUUAUUGAGAUGUUUACAAAAAGUUAAUUUCUUUAAAACAACCUCUGGCGAUGAUGAUGUACCAAACGAUGAAGAAUUAAAGGUUGCUUCGUUGAUAUUAAAUACUAUGCAAUCAAUUCCAUUCAAUUGUCACAUGGUUUAUGAAACUAAGUUCACAGGUAAUGAAUUUCUACCACGUAGACAUAUAGUGACUACAGCAGUUGCAAUUUAUCCAACCGCUAGACUUUUCAAUCACGAAUGCGCUCCUGCUGUGGCAAGAUAUAACAUUCAGAAAGGUGUAAUUAUACGAGCUGCUAGACCAUUUCAACCUGGUGAAUCGAUUCCAGAUUCUUAUGGUCCUUGCUUUGAGCGUGAUCCUUAUACUCAACGUCAAGUAACUCUUUUGGGUAGAUAUUGGUUUAAAUGUAAAUGUAAACCUUGCGAAGAGAUGUGGCCAUUGGGGAAAUAUAUGAACAACUCCUUGACAAAAAUAAGAUGUAAAACCUGGGGAUGUUACAAAACACAUUUUAUGGAUAAAAUACAGGAAAAAUUGAUGUUUUGUAAUAUGUGCCGUAAAAAGGUCGACAUGUAUGAUGUUUUGACCACGUUGCAUUUGAUCGAGGAUUCGUUUAAUGAGGCACUAAAUUUAUCGGAAACAAAUGAAAUAAUACGAGCGAUAGGAAUUUUAUUAAAAAAUAUUGAAGAAUUUUAUGAAAUUGCAAUACAACCGCACUAUUUAACGAUCAAAGCGCAAAUAGUGUUGUGCAAAUUGUACGGUUUUUUUGGUAAUAAUUAUAAAUUUCCACAACCUAAACCAAUAAAGGAAAAGAAAGAUUCGUAUCCGGUACCAGAAGCCAUUUUGGAAUUGGAAAAAGCUGAAGAAAUGGAGAGGGAGAUGGAGGAAGGAAAAAAGCAAACUGAGGAGGAAGGACAAAAGCAAACUGAGGAGGAAGGACAAAAGCAAACUGAGGAGGAGGGAAAAAAGAAAAAGAGAAAAGGAAAGAAAAAAGUACAAAUUCAGGAGGAAGGAGAAAAGCAAUCUGAGAAAGAAGAUUAAAAUUAAUUUUGUGUCCAUUCUAUCUUCUUCAUUUUCUUUUUCUUUUUCUU